GAUGUGUUAUAUAACAAAACAAUUACAUGAAAGUUAAUGUUACUUUGAAAAUUACAUUUACAUUGGACGAUGAAGAAACUAUACAUAUAGUCAUUUAAAGCAGUGAAUAUAUGCGCAUAUUUUUUGUGUUCAAUCUAAUCCUUAUGUCAUGUUUGUAAUAACGAGUGUGCUUCCAAACUAUUUGAUUAAGAUCGUUUUAUCAGACGAAUGUUAAACUUAUCCUGAUUCUACAUAUUUUUAUGUAAAACACGGUAUAAUAAAGUGUGACAUUGUCAUUAUGUCAUCAUUAUUUAAUAAAAUUAUUUAACCUAUAAUACUUGAUAUGUCAUCAUUUCAAUAAUUUGAAGUUGAACAUAAAGAACAAAGAUGUCUGCGAGUAAGUGUCGGAAUUGUGGAUCUACAAAUAUUGAAACAGAUCCAGCCCGAGGAGAUGCUGUCUGUACAGAUUGUGGUUUUGUGUUGGAAGACCAACUUAUUGUUAGUGAAACAGCUUUUAAAGAGACACCAUCUGGGAAUAUGAUGGUACUUGGUCAAUUUGUUGCUAAUGACAGCACUGGUGGAGCUACAGGAUUUGGAGCAACAUAUCAUGUCAAUGGAAAAGAAUCCAGAGGAAUAACAUUGCAAAAUGCAAGAAAAGGAAUAACUCAUUUAUGUAUGCAAUUACAAUUAAAUCAGCAUUGUAUUGAUACAUCUAUGAAUUUUUAUAAAAUGGCAUUGAAUCGUCAGUUAACUCGUGGGAGGAAGCAAGCACAUAAUCAUGCAGCUUGUGUUUAUAUUACUUGUCGUACAGAAGGCACUGCACAUAUGCUUAUUGACAUCAGUGAUGUGCUGCAAAUUUGUGUUCAUGAAUUGGGACGCACAUAUCUGAGGUUUACGCAAGCUCUUUGCAUCAAUAUACCUUCAGUAGAUCCAUGUUUAUAUAUUAUGAGAUUUGCAAAUAAGCUGGAGUUUGGUGAAAAAACUCACGAAGUAUCAAUGACGGCUUUACGAGUAGUUCAAAGAAUGAAAAGGGAUAGUAUUCACAGCGGACGUAGACCAUCAGGAUUAUGUGGCGCUGCUUUGCUGAUGGCUGCUCGAUUACAUGAGUUUAAUAGAUCACCGGCGGAUAUUAUUAAAAUCGUAAAAGUGCAUGAAUCGACAUUACGCAAGAGGCUUAUAGAAUUUGGUGAUACACCUUCAAGCGCAUUGACUCUUGAAGAAUUCAUGACGGUCGACUUGGAAGAAGAACAGGAUCCUCCAGCUUUUAAAGCAGCACGAAAAAAAGACAGAGAACGAUUACAAAGGUUAAACAUAGAUACAGAAAUAAAUGAAUUGCAAGCAGAAAUUGACAAACAAUUAGAAGAACACAGAUUAGGAAAAAUGAAAAAGCGCAAAGAUGCUGCUUCUAUAGAAAGAGCAGAUACUGAUAGAUUUAUAAGGGAAAGUAAUUUAGAUGUAAUUAAACAUUACGUUGGAAACGAUGUAGAUGACCCUGACAAUGAUUUUCAAGAUUCCGAAAUGAAUAACAUAAACGAUCGAUUAAUUACUGGAUUAGGACCUAAUAUUGCUUCUAUGGGAUUGAUAUCAAUAAAUGAUCGAGAAAAUGAAACAAAAGAGUCAGUAAACACAAAUUUUGAAAAUGAUACUGGAGAGAUUGAUGUUGCUGAUUUAGAUGACGAAGAGUUAGAUAGUUAUAUUAUGUCAGAAAAAGAAGCACAAUUCAAACACAAUUUAUGGAAUAAAGUGAAUGCUGAAUAUUUAAAUCAACAAAAAGAAAAAGAAGAAAGACGGCAGAAAGAAAAAGAAGAAGGUAAACCUGAGAAGAAACGACGGCGGACUACUAAACGUAAUAAAAAUCAAGUACCUGCAAAUACUGCAGGCGAAGCAAUUGAAAAAAUGUUACAAGAGAAGAAAAUAUCAUCGAAAAUUAAUUAUGAAGUACUGAAAAGUUUAAACGUUAGUUUAAAUAAUUCAACCAAAGAACAACAAAAGGUCGAAGAGCCAGUUCAAUCACCAAAGAAAGAAAUGAACACUUCGUCAAGUUCUAAUAAAAUAUCUAAUAUUUCUAACUCAUCAAGAAUCAAAGAUAAGCCAAUCACACCAGUAGUAAAGAAACCUCAUGUAGUUAAACCUCAAAUACAAAAAACAAAAAAAGAAGUGCAAAUGCCAGUUGAAAUAGAAACUAAUACAACUGAAUCUAUACUUCCAAAAAUGGAUACCUCUUGUGAUAUGGAUGAGACCGAUGAUUAUGUUGAUGAGGAUGUUGAAGCUGAUCCCACAGAAAUGACUGUUGGAGAAAUGCUUGGACAUCAUGGGUCAGAAGAUGAGAAUGACUUUGGAUAUGGAUAUGAUGAAGAAGAUUAUUAAUUAUAU